CGAACUGACAUCACCGCGCGACACCGCCACCCAACGCUGUCUCUGCCGUCCAACCAGUUCCCUUCUCGUCUACCGGACCUGCGCAAGCGAUAUUCAGUAAAAUCACCGCCCCCCUCCAGGAGAAGGAAGAAAAAGAAAAAAAAACACGAGGAGUCAUAAUGUCUGGUUAUUACAACUACAGCCAUCACCAACCAACAGCUACCGCCCCCUCGGUAUCGCACAACCAUCAUGGCGGCCGAAGCCGAAGGGCCCCGCGGCUCUCCGUCUCCCAAAACUCGCAGAAGCAGUUUCGCGGUGUACGGAGCAUGAAGGAGCUUAGUGAAACACCCUCCGUCUCCGCCUUCCGAACCCAAUUCGAAGCGAGCCGAUCUUUCGACCUCGAGGACGAUGUGGAGUUCUGCCCAAAGCUGCUGACGGAGAACGAUUUGGUUUCGAUAAGCAGCGCUUCGUCGGAUCGGUCCUCGCUAUCUAGCAAUUCUCCGAACGCCUCCCCGACGCAACAUCCCCAACAAGUGGCUACCGCUUUUUCUCUUAAUUCUACCUCUCCGGCCUUCAUCCCCCCCGCUUUCCACAGCCACCAGUCGGUCCUGAAGCUGCACGCACCCGCCGCCACGCGGGCACGCAAUGCCAUCCCCAUCAUCAACCCCGCCAACGGCCUGACCAUGUCCAGCCCGCCGCCGUCCGUGUCGCCCGCCCGCUUACAGCACCUCGGCAGGCGGUGGUAGGUGGCCAGUCGUUUCGCUUCCUCUUUUUGGAUGAUGGAAUGACUCGCCAUCUUCACCCGUCUCCGGUUGUCCUGAACAUCUUUCCACACUCAUUCUCCACCAAGCCACUCGCUACCACAUCGUAAUAGCUGUCC